UCUCUCUCUUUGAUGAUGGGGGUAUUUCUAUUCUGUGGGGGCUGUGGGCUCAGCGAGUUUGCUUCUGUCUUUGUAAUCCCCUCGCUCUGGGCGCCAGCAGAUAAAAGCAGCGAGGGGCCCGGCGCACUUCCACACAGACCACCAGCCCCAGCCCUGAGUCUACUCCUUUACGCACACACUGCCACAGUCAUCAUGUCCGCCGGCGGAGAGAAAUCCAAGUCUGCCUCCCAGACCGAUGGGAAGGCAGCUCAGAACAAGAUGUCCGAGAUAGGCAUGAUGUCCUACAAGAUGUGCGUGUACGACCAGGAGAACUUCCAGGGCCGCUGCAUUGAGAUCACUGGCGAGUGCAUGAACGUGUCUGACGUUGGGAUGGAUCGGGUGCGCUCCCUGCGCGUCGACUGCGGACCCUUCGUUGGCUUUGAGCAGAUGAACUUCUGUGGUGAGAUGUUCAUCCUGGAGAAGGGCGAGUACCCCCGCUGGGACUCCUGGAGCAACAACCAGAAGAACGACUAUCUGCUGUCCUUCAGGCCCGUCCGCAUGGAUCCCGAGAAGCACAAGAUCUGCCUGCAUGAGGUGGGAGAGUUCAAGGGCCGUAAGAUGGAGAUCAUGGACGAUGACGUGCCCAGCCUGUUUGCCUACGGUUUCACCGACAGGGUGGAGAGCAUCAUGGUCAGCUGUGGAACCUGGGUGGGUUAUCAGUUCCCCGGCUACCGCGGCAGCCAGUACCUGCUGGAGAAGGGCGAUUACAGGCAUUUCAACGAGUUCGGCGCCCGCUCCCCCCAGAUGCAGUCCAUUAGGCGCAUCCGGGACAUGCAGUGGCACCCACACGGCUGCUACACCACCUCCUCCAAAUGAAAACCCAGCGAGGGCGCGGAGGAGAGGGAUCGGAGGAGAGACGGAGGCCGAGCGGCGGGCGAAGAGAUGGAGGGGAAGCAGGGGGCGGGCGGAGCGGGAGAGGCGGGAGAGGGUGUGAUACUUUCUCAUCUGUCCCAGGAUCUCUCGGUGGUUUGAGUGCAGGGUGGGGGGAAAGCGGUAGGUUUAUAUUUAGUUGUUGAAAUCCAGUGCACAAUGAAACGUUAUUCAAAAUGAAGCAGAGGAAUAUGACAUCAUUAAAAGGACUAUGUCUGAUAAAAAAGUC